AUGUCUCAGCUGGGUUAUAUUACAAAAAGAAGCAAAGUGGAGACAGUUGAAGGAACAGACCUGGUGGGUGAAUAUUUUGAUCAGUCGCAUGUGGCUCUACCAAAUGUUUCAAAGUUCUUCUUGCAUCAAGCUCUGGAAGAGAGAAAAGCCGCAGAGGCUUUGAUGAAGUAUCAGCAAGAAAGAGGAGGCCAUUACUGUUCUAAAACCAUCCAGAAACCAAACUGUGAGUACGCAGUCGGUCUGAUGAAAGCCCUGGAAGUAGCAAUGGUACAGUGGAAAACUAUGAUACGAUAUUUUGAAGAGCUUUAUGCCCUGAGUAUUGAAAAUGCAGACCCUCAUAGCGCAAGCACUAUCAAGAAACAAUUUAUCGGGCCCAACAUCCGGAAGAUCAAGCUGAUGGGAGAUCUACUGACCAAUGCUCGCAGGCUUGACUGUUCCCAAGAUGGUAGAAAUAGUCUUGGGGAUUACUUUAUGGACCGGUUGCAGAAAGAGUUCAGAACAGGCACAGAGCCAGAGUCUAGUCAUCACUGCAGCCCCUGCCCACCUCUCCAGCAGUGUACAGGAGCUGCAGAGGGUCUGAAGCGACCCCAGAGAGAAUCUUCCCAGCAUAGAAAUGGCAUAGGGCCAAUAUAUGCAACCAUACACUGCACUGCCACACUGCCACAGUGUAAUGAUGGAACAGGAGCAAAAGUGAAGCAGGGCAGGGAGGGACUUUAAUGCUGUGGCUGUUGCAGCUACAGGGCAGCUCCUAAGGCAGACCUGUACAGAAGGUGGCCUUGAGACCAGAACUCAGGAGACAUGAUGCUGUAUCGCUCCUCCUGCUUUACACCCUGCCCCCUUGUCCUCCGUUGAGCCACAGCUCAAAAUCUAGCCCAUAGCAAGGUUGCUAGUUACCUAGGUUGUCGGCAUUAGUCGUGCUUUUAUCUGUGCAAUUCCUAGAAGCCAAAAGCUUUUAAGUCUCUUUUCUGUCUUAAAUGAUUAAUAGGAUUAGUUAGUGCAAAUUAUUUUUAACAGUGUAUGUAACUUCUAUU